AUGAGAAAACACUCAGUUUUGGAAAAUAACUUAAACGAUGAUUUCAAGCGUGGGUCACAUAACUGGCUACUACAUGCACGUUAUGUUCGCGGUGAGCAUGCUAUGUGCGUUGACCUGGCAGAAAAGUUGCAGAAGCAAACAAAUAACACGCACAUAUAUGCACAUUUUAUAAAGGGUGCAGUGUUAGCUGAUGCAGGAAGGCUCCAGGAGGCGGUGGACAAAUUUCACAGCUGCAUACGGCUCCAUCCGCAAGAAACUGAACCGCUGAAACAAGUUGCCAAGUGCUUGUAUCGCCAAGGGCGUUUCCAACUAGCACUUGAGGCUUACUUAGAGGCUGAUAAAUUGUCAAAGCAUCCGGACCCUGACAUCUACUGCGCUUUGGCCGAAUGUGCAUGGAGUUUGGGGGAUGCAGAGCAUGGCAUUGAGUGGGCGCGGGCGGGCGAGAGUGCGGGGGGUGGGGAGAGGGCUGGCGCGUUGCUUGCAAAGCUGCUACAGGCUGUAGGGGACCAGACUGGGGCUCUAGCAGCAUAUGACUAUGCUCUAUCAACUCACGCAUGCGGGGCAGACACUCUGGCUUCUGCGGGUGCUCUGUGUCUCAAAGCCGGGGACCCUCGCCGCGCCUUCCAGCUGCUGGGCGAAGCUCUGUCCCAGCAACCCAUGCAGCACGCCGCAGCGCUGACCUUGGCUGCCAUGCUGUUGCAGCAUAGAGACGUAGACGCUGGACUGGCGAGGCUUAAAGCGGCUUUAAGCGCUCAUCCGACUUGCGUUGCCGCCCAUUCUAACCUUGGACUCGCUUUGUUGACGAAGAAGAAGUUCGUUGCUGCUUUGACGUGCCUGCAGCGAUCUGUGUGGGCGGCCCCGCUGAGCUCUAGAGCAGCCCACAACCUGGGCUAUGCACUGCUGAUGUGCAAGAGGCCUGCAUCGGCGUUUUGCAGGCUGGCAUCUUCAGCUGCACUGCAUCCUACGCAGCAGUAUACGGUACUGUUAAUAGCAAUCGCCCUAGAGCGUUUAGGAGACAGCAGGGCCGAGGCUGCCUACAUGCGCGCUGCAAGUCUGGCUCCAGAGGACCCGUUGGUCAGACUCAACUUGGCUGGCAGGCACGGCAGGGCUGGCAGGCUGAUGGACGCCCUCGAAGAAGCUAGGGUUGUCGCUGAAUUGCUACAUCGAGCUCCAGAUGCCCAGUUGGCGAGUUCUCUGGCAACGCUAAUGGGACUGCUACGUGAUGCUGGGGUGAAUCUAUCGGAACUGCCUUCUAACUCGGUGAUGGCAGAACAGCCUACAAAUACUAAUGAAGAUACGCAGGCGACGACUGGAUUGGGGCCCGAUGAAGUUUAA